GCCCGGACCCAUGUAGCACCAUGACCGGCAUCGCCGCCGCCUCCUUCUUCUCCAAUACCUGCCGCUUCGGGGGAUGCGGGCAGCACUUCCCGACCCUGUGGGAGCUGAUCGAGCACAUUGAGGACAACCACAUCGCUGGCGGCAGACCCGAAACCAUCAGCGGUUCAACCUUGACCGCUAAAAUUACACCAGAUACAUUCUACGCAUCAUUCGAGCCCUGUUGAUUCAUGUAGCAUGUUCACCUGCCUUGAUACUGAUCCCAGGGUUUUAGAAAAACAAGAACUACAACAGCCAACCUACGUAGCUCUUAGUUAUGUGAACAGAUUUAUGACGGAUGCUGCUCGCCGGGAACAAGAAACCUUGAAGAAAAAGAUUCAACCGAAACUGUCUUUAUCAUUAUCAAGUACAAUUGGUCGAGGAAGUAUUUCAACACCGCAGCGCCAUAACAGCGGCAGCCUUACUCCUCCAGUCACACCGCCUGUUACUCCAUCAUCAUCAUUUCGAAGCAUCACACCCACAGGUAGCGAAUAUGACGAAGAAGAGGUUGAUUAUGAAGAAUCAGACAGUGAUGAGUCUUGGACCACAGAAAGUGCAAUUAGUUCAGAAACUAUUCUGAGCUCCAUGUGCAUGAAUGGAGGAGAAGAAAAGCCUUUUGCCUGUCCAGUUCCUGGAUGUAAGAAGAGAUACAAGAAUGUAAAUGGUAUAAAAUACCAUGCCAAGAAUGGCCAUCGGACGCAGAUACGUGUCCGCAAACCAAUCAAAUGUCGCUGUGGGAAAAGCUACAAGACUGCACAGGGUCUGAGGCAUCACACCAUCAAUUUCCAUCCUCCAGUGUCUGCUGAGAUUAUCAGAAAAAUGCAACAGUAAACAUGUACCCAUUUGUGUGUGUAAUAUAUACUAUAUAUACCCAAACAUAAAUAAAAUAUGUAUCUGUGCUGGUUGGGCUAUAACCAACAAUCCAGAGAUACACAAGCUGUUGCAACCUGAGACAUCAUCUGCAGGAUGGAUUCGGCAACCUUUCAAACACUACUAGCCCUUUUAAGUGUGUGCUUCAAUUUGUUUGUAUCUUUUAGAAUGGUGUAUCUUUGGACUCUAGAGUAUGUGCUAUUGUACAUGUGCAUUUGUUCAUAGUUCCUGGAGUCCACCGUUAUUACAUCAGGUGCUAAAAAUAUUCUGUCAAAUGUGUAUGCUGCCAAUGUUCACAUUUCAUUAAGUUUAUAUGCAGUAAAUACAUUGACAUUUUAUAGCUGUUGUAUCUUCAAUUUGUUCUUUUUAUAAUUUAUAAUUUUAUUUACUCGAUAUGUAACCUGAAAGUUGGCUGGUCAAAGUGGCUCCAGGGAUGUAAAAUGCUUCUAAUUAUUUGGAAGAUGCAGUGGGAAGUGUAAUAUUUGGCAUCAGUGUAAAGUAAUGGUUAGCCAUCCGGCUGUCUAUUAUUAAUCUAUCUGAAUUUUGUUAUCCAUUGACUAUAAAAAGCAUAAAAACUAAUAGAGAAAUAUAAUGUGCUGCCAAGCUGAAAAUCACUAGUUUUCUUCUGUAGGCAUAAUUUAAAGUUAACUCCACUGGCUGUAACUUAUUUAGAAUUUGUUGCAGGGUCGACUGCAGUAUUUUGGUUCACAUCAGCAGACAUUUGUAGUGUGGAGUAAUGUUAUGGAUGUUUUAGUACAUUACAGAUACAUCACUGUGGGAAAUAUGUUGAUGUCUCUGCAGCAUGUAAAGCUACAAAUUUACAAAUCCUUAUCAAAAUUAUUCAACUAGAGGGAAUAAUGUGCAAGGGCUUUGCACAUUGCCUUUGAAACAAUAUGUAUUUUCUUUUAAUUUUCCCCUUCUAGGAAAUAUUUUCUUUCUUGGUAAUUUGUUAUUUAAAAAUGAAUGGUUUUCCAGUUAUAUACCACUUUGAAUAUGUUGUUUUGUUAUGUGGAACUGAACAACUUCAUCACAAUUGAUGAAGUUUAUAAGCACUUUGUAGAAACCUGUUGCAAGUAGGGUUAAAUAUUUCUGUUGCCAAUUCCUACAGCCACUGUAUCUGCAUGUGCCUGUGGUUGCAAAGAAAAAGCAUGUUAAGGAGGUGGUUACAGGAGUUUUCUUUUUGUUAGUUAAGCCUCCGACUCAUGGUUCUGUAUUUUUGUGAAUGAUCUUGUAAUAAUAAUCUCAAUGCCUUGUUCCUGAAACUCACUGCAUUCCAUUUGUAAUUGUUAAGCUUUCAUCUUCGUGUCACAGUGCUGUGUGUGAAGAACGUUUGCCAUUCUAGCCUUACUGAUAGCGAUGUGUUCUGCUUGUAGCGAGUGGAUAAAAUUUGGUCUCUUCGAAGUCUGCUUGGCUUCCUGGCAGGAGAUCAAAAUAGCCUGUGCCCUUCUUGGUACUGCUCCAUAUUUUGUUUUAAAAAAAAAAACAGCAUUUGGAUGUUAAAAUGCAUAAAUUUGUCAUCAGUGCAUGUAAAUUAUUGAUUAAUAACUCACAAUAAUUACAUUCUACAAGUAUUUACUUCUACCUUGUGGCAGUAUUAAGAAACAUAUAUGGAUGGGGUUACUUUGUUGUGUAUAGCAAUUUGUAUCGUCAAGUCUGUAAAGUGCGCUCUAAAUUAUAUUUUUCAUAUGUUCUAUUGGGAUGAUGUAACGUUACUUUAUUGAAAGUAAAGUUGAGGUGUGAGCAGCUGAAGGCAACCAGAUAAAUCACACAAAAAGCUGCCUUUUAACUGUAAGAAGUCACAAUUAAAUAAAUAAAUAAUCCUUUGAUUCAA